ACGAGCUUACCGAUUCUCUUCUGUCUCAACAUUUAGGGUUUCAGAGAUCGGCUUCCGAUUUUGACAUCCACAAACAUGGCGACUCAAAUCAGCAAGAAGAGAAAGUUUGUAGCAGAUGGUGUAUUCUACGCUGAAUUGAAUGAGGUUCUCACUAGAGAGCUUGCAGAGGAUGGUUACUCUGGUGUUGAAGUUAGGGUUACUCCAAUGAGGACUGAGAUUAUCAUCAGAGCUACACGUACUCAGAAUGUUCUCGGUGAGAAGGGGAGGAGAAUUAGGGAAUUGACAUCCCUUGUUCAGAAGAGAUUCAAGUUUCCAGUAGACAGUGUUGAGCUUUAUGCUGAGAAGGUUAACAACAGAGGUCUCUGUGCCAUUGCUCAGGCUGAGUCUCUACGUUACAAGCUUCUUGGUGGUCUUGCUGUUCGUAGGGCUUGCUAUGGUGUUUUGAGAUUUGUUAUGGAGAGUGGAGCAAAGGGAUGCGAGGUCAUCGUGAGUGGAAAGCUCCGUGCUGCACGUGCUAAGUCGAUGAAGUUCAUGGAUGGUUACAUGGUUUCAUCUGGUCAACCAACUAAGGAAUACAUUGACUCUGCAGUGAGACAUGUUUUGCUUAGACAGGGGGUGUUGGGAAUCAAGGUGAAGAUCAUGCUUGAUUGGGACCCUACGGGCAAAUCAGGACCGAAGACACCAUUGCCUGAUGUUGUGAUCAUUCAUGCUCCUAAAGAUGAUGUUGUCAACAUCGCGCCUGCUCAGGUUGCUGCUCCAGUUACUCUUGUGCCAGAAGCUCCACUCACAACCGUAGAUUACCCUGAGAUGAUUCCUCCAGUGGCCUAGAGAAGACCUUUUUUACUAUUACUCCAUGGGAUUUUGUUCUUUUUGUUAUAACUUUUCUACUUCUUUUUGACAGUCGCUAGUCGUAUCUCUUAUAUCCUCCAAGCAGACAAGUUUUUCUCAUGUUGUUUCUUAACCUAUGUCAAAGUUUUCUGGAGGUUGAAUGCUUUUAGUUCCAUGAAUCUUUUGGUCUUAAGACUCUUAAUAAUAAGAACAAGAAUGA